AUGUGGAAUAUUGAGUUUUAUUUUAGUGGUGAUUGGAAGUUUAUGGCGCUUAUUAAAGGAUUAAAAGCAGCAAAUUCAAAAUAUUUUUGUUUGUUUUGUGAAUGUCCAAAAGAUUCAUGCGGCAAUUUAAAUUUACAAUGGAAUAUUUCAGAAAAUAAAAAGAUUACUAAAGGUUUAAUUGAAAAAGAAAUGCAGAGAAUUGGCUUAAUAUAUUUUCAGUUUUUUGAAUCAAAAUCCAAAGGAAAGUUCUGGGAUUGGACAACAUUAACUGGAUCUGAAAGACUAAUAAUGCUACAAUAUUUUGAUGUAACAAAAUUUAUUGCAAGUGAUCGUGGAAAGAAAAUAUCCUUUUUAUGGAAAGAAUUUCUCAAUUUAUAUCAAUUUUUACAGUUUCUGAGAAAAUUAUGUGAUAAAGGAUUAAAUAUGAGACAGUUUUCUACUUUAAGUAUAGAAAAGAAAAAUCAUUUACACGUAAAAUUAUUUUUUGGAGGAACUACCAUGGGGGAAGAAAAUAGCAAUAGCAAUCAUUCUGUUUUACAUGAUAUGUUAUCUUUUGAAAAUAGAUUGUUAUAUUAUAUAAUAAAUGAUACGCUCCAAUGUAUUAAACAAAGAAUCAUUCAUUCAUCUUGACUUUGAAUAAAGUAACCAGUAGAAAUUGUAAAAGAAACUACUAAUUUUGAACUAUGUAAAAUCAAAGGUUUUUUACCAUCACGAAUUCUUGUUACUAUAAAAUCAGACCAAAUAAAAGAUACAUCCUUUUUCCGCUCUUCACUUUCCAUAAACACAUAAGCCUUUG